AUGCCGUCCAGGUUCAAGCCAUUGACGCUUUCGCCCAUCAACUUCUCGCUCACAGAGGGCACCUCGAUUCCCGCGCCGCUCGACUCGCCGCCCGAGACACCGCGUCCGCCUACGCCAGGCCAAGGCCCGCUCUCGUCCCACCCCACGCCCAAGUCGCACAUCUUCCCACAACACCGCGUUGGCUCGUCCAACGGCAAGUCGCCUGAGGACUCGGCAGCCCCCGAGCCUCCUGUGACGCGCGACCGGUCGAUCGAGGCGGCCGACGGGGGCCUGUCGCCCACAAGUCCCGAGUCGCAACAGAGGCGGCCCUCUUCUGUACGCCAGUUCCUGGGCCUUCGCACACUGUCGUCCCGGGACAGCUUGCAGCAGGACGAGAGGCCAGGCUCGCCAGCCACCAUCAGCAGCCAGCCCAGUCUCACGAGGAAGAAGAGCAGCAGUUGGUUCGGCAGCAAGAGGAAGAGCUCGUACUUUGGAAGCGUGCCAGAAGGACGUGAGAGUACUGCCACGGUGCCGCUUUCCAGGACAGCCACCAACGGCACAAUGCCGAUGCGUACCCCUGCGCCUGUCUCGAAAGUCCCCACGGCACAAACACCGCCCAAGAAGCAGGAGCCCCCGCCUCCAGCCCUGCCCCAGCUCAACUCGUUUGGCGUGAACGAGAAGACACUGAGUUUCGACGCGGACGACAUGUUUAAGAACAUUAGAUGA